UUCAGUGGCGCUAGGCCAAAUGUUUCGGCGGUGUUGCUGACAGUUGCUAACGAGUGCGCUCUCUCAUCCUUUGUCUGAGUGUGGUCAGUCUUGUUUUAUGUGUGGUGAGAGUUCUUAGUUUAUUCCUUAGGGUUGUGUCUUGAUGUGUGUUUGGGUUGAUGGAGUUUCUCCCCUCACCAUUGUACAUAUUUAUUUCUCCUUAUGAUACACAGCUAUCGUGGCUCCUGGGUGUUCAAGAAAAAAGGUUUUUAUUUGCGUAUUAGUAUAGGUCCAUAUUUUCAGAAGGAAAACAAAGAGAAGUCCUACACGUAUGAAUAGAAAUAGCAUAUUUACAGACAACAAGAAUAAAUAUAUGAAUCUCAUAAGGUUGUUAGUGAAGCACUUUUUGCAUUUGUGUAUAUUUAACAUAUAUAUGAUGAAGUUUAACAAAUAUGUGAGUGUAUUGAUAGAAUAGCUAGCAUAUUUACAGUCAUCUGAGAAUAGAUAUGUGAUUCACAUAAAGUUGUUGAUGAAGCGCAUUUUGCAUUUCUUUGUAUUUCACAAACACACAUAUACAGUUGUGAUUCACAUAAAGUUGUUAAUGAACCUUUCUCUCAUUUUCGGAACUGAUAAAAAAUGCAAGAAAACUUUAAAAGAUAAACCUUUCGGUGUGGCUCAUACAAAAAAAAGGGCACAUAGGUAGACUUGACUCGUGUGAGUCCUAAAGAAUAUGUCUAGGUACAGCUAAGAGUAGUAAACUACACUUACCAGUUUUUCUAGCCAAGGCUUCAACUUCCCGAUGCUGAGGUGUUACUAAACAUGAACAUUUCUCUAUGUACAGCUCAUCUUCUGGUGUCAAUCACAUGCGUGCCCGCAUCCCAAGCACAUCUGACUUUCUGAUAAAUCUGGACUCGAGUGAGUCCUAAACAUAAUCUGGAGAUGUUGUCGAUCAUGUCUGAACUAACAAGACAAUGUUAAGAUUAGAAGUAGCGUCAUUUGUGGAAAUACAAUGUGGAUGGACAGGUUCACGAUGUGCAUGUUAGUAUUCUUAUAGAGGCUAAGCAAGACGACUGAACACAUAAUUAAAGAACUAGUUUCCAUUAGUCUUAAAUAUACAGUGCCCUGCCCUUGUUAACCCUUCAGCGGUUCUAGGAGUUGGCUCCAGAGCAUUCGGUGGCACUCUCCCGCAAUUUGGUUUGUUUACUUAACUCUCUCAUGUAAAAUGCCCAUUUUCUUGUUCAUAAUUUCAGAAUAUCGUGCACAGUUACUGAUCAUGCAAGCUAUCAUCUGACAUGCUGAUGUACCCAUUUCAGUGGCCGGUGCACAAACGUUGCAAUGGCGGGAGGACUGGCGGUGCACCUGUGGAAAGAAUGGGGGAUCCAAAUAUUGGUCCUUGCUAGCUUCAUGCUGCAAGUGGUUCUCCUCAUCUUCGCAGGGAUCCGUCGGCGCAAGGCCUCUGCUGCGCUGAGGAUCUUCCUCUGGCUGGCGUACCUGAUGGCGGACAACAUCGCGGUGUAUGCCCUUGGCCACAUGUCCCUCAACAGCAGGCCUUACGAGGACCGGCUAAUCGCGUUCUGGGCGCCGUUUUUCCUGCUGCACCUGGGUGGCCAGGACACCAUCACAGCCUACUCUUUAGAGGACAACCAGCUCUGGAAGCGUCACCUGCUGACUCUGCUAGUGCAGGUUUCAGGAGCCAGCUAUAUCCUCUAUGUUUAUAUUGGCAAUGCGCCGAGCCUGGUGUCAGCGACCAUACUGAUGUUCGUCGUGGGCGUCAUCAAGUAUGCCGAGAGGGUGUUGGCACUCAGGCUCGCCAACAUUGAAAAUCUAGGCACCACUCUGGACAUACGGGAGGGCGAGUAUGGCAGACUGGAUAGAAAAGGCGAUAUGGAUGCAGAGCAAGAGGUUCUGCUGGGAGCUCAUUACCUGUUCAGCUUUUGCAGGAGUGAAUUUCUCGAUCGUGUGCCGACGCUUGGGGCAUACAGUGCCGCUACAGCAAUUAAGAAAAGCAAGCACUUCAAUGGAGGCAUGUACAUGUAUGGGCUGGUGGAGGUGGAGCUCUCUCUUCUGUAUGACUUGCUUUACACCAAGGCACCGAUGAUCCACACUUGGCAUGGCUGCUGCAUCCGUGUUGUCUCUUCGGUUGCCACUGUGGCGGCAUUCUUGCUGUUCCAGCUUGGCGGUAGAGGUGCUUACAACGGGGUUGACAUUGCCAUCACCUAUGUUCUGUUGGUUGGUGCCAUCAUUCUGGAGAUCACUUCUGUACUGAGGGCACUAGGGUCAACAUGGACAUGCGCAUUCUUGCAUGCUCGGAAAUGGGAUCGGUGUUAUGGUGCGGUGAUGUGCCUUCGUCGGUCCGUCAAGGCGGCAAGCAACAGAAGGUGGUUGCAAUCUAUCGGGCAACAUAAUGUGCUGGAUUUCUGCGUCCGUGACAAGACCAAGCUCAGAGACAGAAUUGCCAGGGCAACGGGACUGGGGACCUGGUGGAAGAAACUGCAUUACUCAAGCACCAUUCCUGUUACGCCUGAGUUGAAGGAGUUGCUGAUGACACAGAUGUUGAAGACAAUGCAUGAUUGGAGAAAAUGGAACAUCAGAUAUGUGCGUGGCCAAGCAGCGCUUACCGACUGCGGGAUCUUUGAUGAUAUCGGCCCGACUGUGGAAAAGGAUUUUGAUGAGUGCGUCCUUGUCUGGCACAUUGCGACGGAUAUUUACCUUCACUGCUGCCCGCAAAUUGAAGAGGGACACCCCCUUGUGAAGGCAAUCAAGGUACUGUCCAACUACAUGGGGUUCCUCCUGGUUGUACGCCCCAACUUACUGCCAGGAGGGGUACGCCGCAGCCUUUUCCGUCAGAAUUGCCCUGAUUUGGAGAAAAUGAUGGCUCAACUCUGUGCUGGAGAGUCCAGUGAAGAUGAGGACGACGGGAGCUGGGAAACGGUUGAACGGUUGGAAGAUGGUACUGGUAGUGGCCAGUCUAUUGGGGAGAAGGAUGAUGGUGCACGGGAAAUUACUGCAGAAGGCGAGGAUGGGAACCACCCUAUGGUCCCAUCCAGCAAGAACCUCGCCAAGCAUGUGCUUCACAAGCACAACAGUGAGCAUAUCGGCGGUGCUUACACCAGGGCUGGUCAUCUUGCCACUAAGCUACUUGACAACAAGUGGAACCUGCCAAACGUGCUGGAGGUCAUCUUCGCGGUGUGGGUUGAGUUCUUGUGCUACGCAGCCCACCAUUGCACUGAUGUUUCCCAUUGCAGGCAGCUCGGCGAUGGUGGUGACUUCCUCACCAUUAUCCGCAUCCUUGUAGAUCACAUCGAGUUGUUUGGAAUCCACCGGCCGGAUACCAACAACGGUGCGUAGGCAUAGUUUUUUUCUUUUCUUCUUCAAAUCCUUGGUUUACUUAUUAGUGUAUCUUUCCAAGCUUUUAUCAAAAUAAUUCUCUAUUUUGUGGGGAAGGAACAAAUGAAAUGAUCGUCUUCAUGCUUAUCUACAAAAGGCCAUCAUCUCAUCCUAGAUUGGCAGAUGAUUCAUCUGUUUUCACAUGAGUGAUUAUAAAAUUUGUUUGAAUUUUCCUAAGGAUCAGUCACAUCAAAGUAGAUAAGCACAAGCGCAAAAGAAAAAAUCGUAGCCAAGGACACCUGUCGUACCCUUAUUUUGUCUGAACUCCCACCGUUGUACAAAUCAUAACUGGUCGGUGUCUAUGUACACACAACCACCAUUAUUUUCGUUAACACUUCUUCUUCGGUAAAUACAUUGACGGACCAGAUCUGCCCAUACCCCUUCAUAAGAAAGGGUAGGAUGGUCCUUUCAUAAAAUACAUCACCUCAACCGUACACGCAGUAAAUUGGGCCGGCCCAUCAACGAUCUAUCUCUAAAGUGGUUUUGUAGUGAAAGAGUGAAAAAUACUACAAAAAAUUUGCCUUCGGCAGCAAUCGAACAUGGACCUCCCGCAAACACACAAACGAGCCGAACAACUACGAUGAGCCAGCUUUCUUGGCUAAGUAACUGCAUGGAGUUUUAAGAACUAUGAGCAGCCACAUAUUUGAACACUUUUGCGGAAAUUCUAA